AUGGAUGUCCAAACUGGCCACUGUGAGUGGGUUGCUUCGUCCAAUACGAAUUCGUCUACGGAGGGACUCAUUAGCUCUAUUGCUAACCUAAGUUUCGAAGAAACCCGUUUGCUUUGGGGAAAUAGUGGUUAUGCUACUGUGUCUACUCAAGAUGCUCUUGGGAACCGCCCACCAUUCGGUUCGACACCAUGGGAUGUUUCUUCAAACCAUACCACUUCAAAUUCCAUACCAAUGGUUCGCAGUCGGCGCGACAAGCCCAACAGUACCAUCCCAGAAUCUAAUCUAAGUGAUGGGAGUAUUUUGAUGUCUCCUGGAUCUAAGGAUAUGGUGGCUUUGGGGAUGCAGAUGGCAGACCACGUUUUAAGUAACUCUCCAGGAAAUAAUGCUCAGUACUUGAGAGACAUUUCUGAAAACUUGUCAAAUGCAUUUCCUCAUCGUCCAGCACCUAAUUCACUCAAUGGAACCCAAUCUUUUGCAUUAAAUUCUUACCAAUAUGAUUCAAACGUAAGAUCAGUCCUUCCAAAUGAGUCAGAUGCUUUGCAUCAAAAUCAACCUCUUCAGUCUGGAGCUAAUGGAUUGAUUUCAAAUUGCUUUAAUCCAGCUCAAUAUUAUAUGCGUCCACCCUCAGCUGCAACACAGUCUUUACAACAAGUACCUUAUUCGAUUAUACCUAAUAGAUCGUCGGAAUAUGUGCAUGUAAAAAGCUUUACCUCAGAAGCAAUUAGUUGCGAACCUUGCAAUUCCAUUCAAGCUGAAAACUUAGUACCAUAUUUCAUCAACGUUCCAGCAAAUACAGAUCCUUCAGCGUCCAACAUACCUGCAGAGUCUUUCAAUAUGUUUACUGGUUCCCAUUUACAUCGAGAUCAGCAUCCAGCAAGCCAAUCUGAUAAUACAACCCACUUAGUUCCUAUAAUUCCCCAAACAAAUCGCAUCAGUAGUUUACAUCAUAUGAAGUAUAACUCCACAAACGCUAACGAGGAACAUAAAAACCAAUCAUUUAAUCCUUACUUGGGUGGUGCGUUUUCUGGUGUAAAUCAAUUAAACACAUGCUUAGAUUUUAAUAGUGAAUUUAUGACGAAUCCUUCGUUUAUUAGUCAUGUUUCUUUAGCUUGUAGUGAAGGCUACCUACCAACAUUUAUUCGGUCUAAUGGGCCGCCCUCACAGGACAUAAAUAAUUUUGGAGGUUGCUCAAGCUAUCCUUCUGUAAAUCAAGAUUUUUAUAUGCAUGGACCUUAUAGUAAUCUCGGAGGCAACAGGACGGUGGAACAUGCACCAUCUGAACAUACUACUAACGGACUAGUUACAAAUUCUCCUUAUGGUCCCGCACAAUAUGGGCCACAAAAGUUUCAGCAUACUGUUUACCCUAAAGGUGUAUCUCCAGCUCCAGGUGAUCAACUGAAUAUACAGGUACCAAAUUGUGCUGGUGUAAACAACUAUCCAAUGCACCCAGUUGAUACUAUGGUAAGCACGUUGGUGGGGUCGCAAUUUCUCGGACAAUCAGCGAACGGUCAUGCACAAAAUGGGGCUGGUUUUCAAAAUUUACCUGCCAGCGGUUUAUAUCAAUCUCUUAUUCAACCUAAAGAUCCUUCUAUACAUAUUCAGGCUCAAGCUGUUCAGCCUGUUUCAAACGACCAACAACAACAAUCUGCAGCCUUAUUCGCACACACUCUUCAGUUGUUUGCAGCUGCCGCUGCUAGGAAUAUGGGUUCUGGAACACACGAUAUUCACGUAUCUGGUGUCGGGUCAAGUAACAGUGGAUCUGUAUUAAAUUCUGUUGAUUUUGAGUGUUUGAGGCCUUCAGGUGUAAGUGCAGAAGUUUCGCUUACUGCACCCAUUCUACCAGAUCAUUUGCAGGCGUAUGCGAGUAAUUCUUGUGUUCCUGUAAAUGCAGUGGAAAGUCCGGGUCCCCGUCAUCCCCAUUCUACCUUGGAUUUUAAGUCAAUGUGCUCAACGGUUCCUGCUCCUUUCCCACCUAUCUCAUCAUCCAUUCAUUCACAAAAUAUUUUUCCACAAACUGAUGUAAUUACUCAGGAGUUCCAGCAUGCUGGUUUAGGUUAUACCGGAUUGUCAUCUAUGAAUUCAAUGGGUGAUCGUCUGCUUCGACCUUCCAAUAAUUUCGCAAGACCUACACCACCAUUGUCUUCCAAUCGUAUGCCUUAUAUUCCUGCGAGUGUUACAGACUCUCAAUCACCUCCUAGAACUCCGACUACAAUAAUUGGCCCAAGAAUUAGUGUGCCACCAGUCCCACCGAGACCUCAAAUAGCUACUUCAACUAUGUAUACUUGUCAAAAUAAUGGUCCACCUCCUUUUUCUUCCAUACAUACACCACGUUUUCCCUCACGCGGCCCAACUAGUUAUCCACAACUGAAUUUAACACUCAUGCCUCCGCCUCUUCCUCCUUACCCUCAUCAUAUUCAUCAACCACCGCCUGUUCUUCCACCACCUGGAUUUCUACCACCAGCUCAUUCCUAUCGCCCUUCUGGAACCAGUAGCUCUUCUGUCCCACUUAAUAAUACAUCUCCUUCAGGAAACAAGCCUGUUCAUAACAGAUUUCCAAAAGAUCACACUCAUUGUACAACACUGCAUCAACCUAACACCCCUGUGUCUGUGAUGACACUCACGUUUGCAGCUGCUCAGCAACAAACCUCAGGAGUAAAUCCUACUUUCGGGAUAAGGCAUUCAUCAUCCAACCAAACUUCUCAUUUUCCACCUCCGUACUAUGGUUUUCCUACUGAUUCAACCGCAACUCCCACUUUCCAACCAAAUUCUUCGUACCUUAAUCAUUCUAACCCACCGUUACAUAUUAAUAAUGUAUUGCACCUAAGACCGACUAAUGAUGCUGCUCCAGAGCGUAGUCGUCUGUUGGAAGAGUUUCGUAAUUCUCGAUUGCCUUGUUUAACAUUGCAUGAUUUAAUGAAUCAUAUCGUGGAAUUUGCUCAAGAUCAGUAUGGUUCACGUUUUAUUCAACAGAAAUUAGAACAAGCUAGUGUUGUAGAUAAAACUAGUGUGUUUCGUGAAAUUCUUCCUUAUGCAUACAAUCUAAUGAUCGAUGUAUUUGGAAAUUAUGUAAUACAAAAAUUUUUUGAAUUAGGAACACCAGAGCAAAAACAAAUACUAGCUCAGAGAAUACGUGGACAAGUUUUGUCAUUGUCUCUUCAGAUGUAUGGUUGUCGUGUCAUACAAAAAGCUGUUGAGUCUGUCCCAUUGGAAAUACAAAUAUCAAUCGUUAAGGAACUGGAUGGAUGUGUAAUCAAAUGUGUGAAGGAUCAAAAUGGAAAUCAUGUUGUACAGAAAUGCGUGGAAAAUGUCCCUCCAGAACACUUACAGUUUAUUAUAGACGCUUUUAAGGAUCAUGUAUAUUCGAUAUCUACUCAUUCGUAUGGUUGUCGUGUUAUUCAACGUAUUUUAGAGCACUGUACACCUGAACAAACUACUCCAAUUCUCUCUGAGUUACACCAACACACUGAUGCGCUUGUUAAAGAUCAGUAUGGAAAUUAUGUGAUUCAACAUGUUCUUGAACACGGAAAAACGGAAGAUAAGAGCCGAAUCGUAGAACACAUCAAAGGUCGUGUAGCUAAGCUGAGUGUGCACAAGUUCGCUAGUAAUGUUGUAGAGAAAGCUGUUGCGAACGCUUCACGAGUUGAGCGUCAAUCACUUAUCAAUGAAAUACUUGAAGAAACUGUGUUAACUGAAAAUCAAAUUGUACAAAAUGGACAAAAUCAAUCUAGGGAAUUUCGGGUUGAUGAUAGUUUUAGUGAGAAUGAUGAUGACGAGAUGAUGAUGAUGAACCCAGAACGAGAAGUUCGGUUUUAG